CCACCAUUCAAAAUUAUAAUUUUUUCCAAAAAAAAUGGUAAAAACACAUGAUAAAAUUCCAAAUUUCAAAUUCCAAUUUUUUGCAAUAGCGAGUUACUAAUGCGACCGUAGCGCGAUCUGCGUGCGACUCCGAGUUUCGGUUAACAAUUUUUAGUUUUUCACUUUUCACUUUUCACUUUUUAGCACGGACUAGUAACUAGUAAGUAAUAUACUAUCUUAAUCUUAGUCCGUUGUUGUCAGUUUUUACUGUUAUUGGGUGUUUUCACUUUUUCUGUUAAUUUAAACUUUGUUAACGGAGUUUGGUCUCCAACUCUACUUUAAUAUACUAAUCUUCAUGAUUAAUACAAUACAUCUGAUGAAUUUCAUUGUCACCUUUGGUCGUCGUUUUCGGUUCGAAAUUGCAAAAACCAGAGACCUCACUGUAAAAGUGACCGCGUAAUAGUUCUUUUCGACGUCGUACUGUGGUAACGAGCAAUUAUUAUUGUUACCUAUGAACACCAUUUAUCAGACAUGGCCAUGAAGAGGACCAUUGACUUUCACCUGAACGAUCAGCGGAAAAAAGCCAAUCUAUAUAGAGCGAUCAAAAACGAUUUGGGUAAUGACUCUAGUACCGAUGAAGAGUCAUUGAGCUUGUCACCUGCUAACUUGUUUCCUCUCAGUCAUUAUGCAAAUGACCCUGAACAGUUAAUACAACAAUUGUUUUCUGUUGUACGUGGUAAACGGCUUACUCGACUUAUACCACCGGAACUUAAGGAUAUGACAUUUGAAGAGUUGAAAGCAGAUUGUUUGAUUCAGUUAUUGUGCAUGUCAAAGAAGCGAGUGUUGGCUACAUUAGAAGGCAAAGAAAUGAAUUCUUCAUCAGACUCUGAUGACUCUGAUGAUAAUAAGAAACAAAAUAAAUUAGAAACAGAUAAAAAAGAUGAAAUUGGCCAAAAGAGACAUCAUAAAGAAAAACGAAUGAAAUCAUCAAAAAAGAAAAAAAUUGAAACAGAUAGUGAAACUGAAGAAGAAAAAUCAAAGGAAAAAGAAGGAAAAACAUUAUUAGAGAUUUUAGAAUUAGAAAUGAAAGCAAAGGCUAUACGUGCUCUACUCGGGCCUAGUGAAAAGGAUAACAAUACACAAAUUGAAGAAGCUAUUAAAAACGAAAUAAUUGGGGAAAAAAUUGAAGAAAAAAAUGAUGACAACAAGAGUUGGAAUGAACGUUAUGAACAAAGAGAAGAUGUGAAAGAUGUAGUCAAGACUAGCAAGUUGUGUACGAAUAUGAGACGUCGCAUGCUUCUUCACCAACAAAAAAUGUUGGCAGAUAGAGCCAAAUUAAAAGCUGCAGAAGCUGAAAAUAUUAAAUCUGGAGAUACAAUAAAAUCAAAAUUGGAAGAAAAAUUACAAAAUGUCUAUCCCAAAAACGAUGGCGAGCAAUCAAAUGUUAUUUCACUAGAUAAAAACCCUUACGAAACUGUUAAAAAGCCAUUAGGUGAUUGUGAUACUACUCAGAACACUGAUGUUAAACUCCAAGAGACAAAGAAAUUACAUGAUGAUGACAUAAUUAAAAUAAACAGAGACAGCGCUACUAGCUCAAGUGAACCUAGAAACACAAAUAAUACUCAAGAAUCAACUGACGACGACUCACAAAAAAGUACAGAUUUUGAGAAAGUAUUAAGUGAGUACACACAGAAGAAUACAGAUUUAGAAAAAACUAUUAAUGCGUAUUCUAAAAAAAAUACUGAUUUGGAGGAAGAAAUAAAUGAAUGUUCAAAGAGAAACGAUGACAUGGAAAACACUAUGAAUAAAUGUGCACAGAAAAAUUCUGAUAUUGAAUCAGCUAUGGAUAAUUACGCAGUGGAAAUCAAUGGUGUUGAUGACAGUAUUGUCAAGGAAAAUGAGAAAAAAAAUGAAAUGGAAACUGCAAUUGGGAAAUAUUCACAAACAAAUACUGACCUUGAUUCAAUGGUCAACCAAUGUUCAAAAAAGAAUGUAGACCUUAAUGCGAUAGUAAAAGAAUAUGCAAAAAGGAAUUCUGAUAUAAUGACACUGAUUAGUGAAUAUUCCCAAAAUAAUGUUGAUAUUCAAUCAGUUAUUGGUGAAUAUGCUAAAGGUAACCUCAAAUUGGAGACAAUAAUUGAUGAGUAUUCACUUAUAAAUGCUAAAAUCAAGACCAUGGUUAAUGAAUAUUCAGUAAAUAAUAGCAAUGUAGAAAAAAUCAUUGAUCGAAACAAUCGGAAACAAUUAUUAGUUGAAAAAUAUAAUGUGGAAUCAGCUGCUGGAAAAGCUGUGGAUGCAGAUUGUACUAAAAAAAUAAUUGAAAUUACUGGUGUUACUUGUGAAUCCUCAAACUCAGACAAUAUGGAAACUAAUAUUGAAUCAACUCACAAAUUAGUUGAUGAAUCACUGAAUGAAGAAGAUAAAAAAGACUAAGGAAAUUACAUUUUUUGUUUAGAAAGGUUAAAAUUCUUUAACUCAAAAUAGAUACUCAUUAACCAAAUAAUAAAUUAAUUCUAAUGUAAAAAUAAAGUUUGUAAUAACAAUUUUAUUUUUACUAAAUCUAUGCUAUUUAUAAUAAAAAGUUAAAAUGUCUAUCAUAGAUAGACGCUAAUAAAUUUAUAAAAAUGUAUUAUAUUAGAUACAUUAGAAGAAUAAAACUAAUCAUUCUCUGGUAUACCUUAAAAUAUGGAAAUAAUCAUUGUUUGUCCACUCACUUAAUAGAUAAUAUAUUAAAAUAUUAAAAAUUUUAAAGAAAUAAACCUUUCAUUUAAUAACAGUAGUUUUUUGCUCAGUUACAAUAUGUGAUAAAAUAUUAUUUCAUUCUAAUCUUAUUAUAGUAUAUUUUGUGUUGUAUUUAUAAUUUAAAUUAUAUCAUUUAAGAUUUUAAUGUCAAAAAUACUAUUUGCUGACUUUUUUUUAAUAUUUAUUGUUGCAUUCACAUUCUGUAAUAUUAUUUAAUAAAACAAUUAGUUAGAACUAAUCAAGCUCAUAUAUUAAAAUAUAUAGCAAUAAAUACAAUAAUACCUAGCUUUUAUAAUAAUCAUUAUAACCUAAUGAUAUAUAUAUAUAUAUAAACUAUAAAGCAAUAUUCGUUGUCUUGAUUACUGUAAUGUUGAAGUCUUAUUAAUAUUAAUAUCUAUUAUUCAAUUAAAUACAAUAACUUUAAAAUAAUAAUUUAAUCUUGUUUAAACUUUUAAAUACUCUUAUAAUAUUAUUGAUAUUUUGACUAACUAAUAUUUCAUUAUGUAAUGUGUUCAUUCUAAUAUUUUUUUAUUUAAAUUCUGCAAAAGUGUCAUCAAUGGGUGGCUUCUUCAAUCAAAUUAUUCAUUUUUUCUUUUUUAAUAUAGCUCAUACUCUUAUUGUGCCGGCUGGUACAGAUUGUGUAUAAAUAAUAACAAAUAAUAAUAAAAAAAAAAUUCUGCAAUUAAUAAUUAUAAAGUAGGUAAUAAAAAUAAUAAUUAUUCACUAUAAACAACUAUUGUAUUCCAAAAGUAUUUAUUAGUUUUUUAUAAUACAUAACUAUAAUGUCUUUUGUAAUCAAAACUUAGUCAAAAAAAAAAAAAAAAAAUUCAUAUUAGCACUUAGAAUAGCAAUUAGUUGUUAAAGUUUAUUUAUUUUUAAACUUUUUAAGUUUUCUCGUUAAUCAUCACUCUGCACUUAUCACAUAGGU